UGAUUUGUUUGGGUUUCUGUUAGCGUAGCAUGCGAAUGGGAGUUUCAGAUGACAUAAGGCGAUUUCCUUUUUAGAUAUAUCUUUGGCAGUGCUAUUAAAUAAUUUAGUAAUUGAUUUUAUGAUUGCAAUAUUUAACCUUUUAGAAAUUUAUUUUUUGCACUGUAAAAUGAUUUUUGGGAGUUAGUAUUUGAUUUAAAUGAUAAAAUAGUUACACAAUUUUUAUUCAGUUUGAUAAGAAAAAAAAAAAAAAAAAUGAAUAUUUCUUGUGAUGUUUUUAUUCCUACAUAUAUUUCUUAGUUAUAGAAAUGUCUAAUAUUCAAUUUGAUUAUUCGACGCUGUCGACUUCGAUAAGUCGAAGCGACUUGGGAUCAAUUAUUGGCCAUCAUAUCUUAGAAAAUGCGUAUGAUAUACAAGAAGAAUCAAACUCAGAAAAGUCAAAUGACGAUGAAGAAAUUUAUGUUCAUCAGUCUCCUCCAGACAAGUGUAAGAUAGUAUAUUUGACUUUUGGACUCUUGGGCAUAGGUACUCUUUUGCCAUGGAAUUUUUUCAUCACAGCAAAUGAUUAUUGGAUGUAUAAAUUCCGCAGUACCUUGAAUAGGAGUUGCAUUGAUUAUCAUAACAAAACUGAUCUCCAGGCCACAUUUACAAGCUAUUUGGCUCUUUCUAAUAAUGUGCCUUAUGUUUUAUUUCUCAUCCUUUGUACACUGUACAAUAACAGAUUAUCUAAGCGGUUUCGUGUUAUUGGUCCUUUGAUUACACUUUUCCUAUUGUUUGGUAUUGUUACAGCAUGCGUUGAAAUUGAUACUGAUAGCUGGCAGAUGGGCUUCUUUUCAUUGACUAUUUUAAUUAUCAUAGUCGUUGGAAUUGUGAGUGCUAUUCUUCAAUCUGGUGUUUCUGGAAUUGCAGCUCUUCUUCCAGCUGAGUAUAUGCACAUUAUGGUUUUAGGACAGGCUUUUGCAGGUAUACUGGCAUCUGUAGCCCAAACUUUAUCUCUGCUUGGUGACUGUGAUUCCAUUAAAAGUGCUUUAAUCUACUUUUUCUCUUCUGAUGCUGUGAUAAUUCUUACCUUGAUCUCGUAUGCUGGCAUACAAAAAUCAAAAUUUUUUAAAUACCAUACUUACAGUUUGAAAGAAGCUACAGCUCUCAAAGAUGUGUCAGGCAUUACUACUAGAGAAACAAUUUCUAUUUUGCAUCUCCUAAAGCAGAUAUGGCCAUAUGCAGUGACAAUUCUUCUUGAUUUUUGGGUGACCAUUGGCAUAUUUCCAGGUUUGGCAGUUUUGAUUGUACCAGAGUCUCAAGGGAACAUAUGGAAUGGGAAGCUGUUUAUUCCUGUGACUUGUUUCUUGCUGUUUAAUAUUAGUGACUUUUGUGGACGUAUUGUAGGCGGAUGGUUACCUAUAUCGAGUUCGAAACGAAUGCAUUUGCUGACUUGCUGUGCUUUGCGUCUUGUCUUUUUACCUUUGAUAAUGCUAUGUAACCUACAACCACGGUAUCACUUACCUGUCAUGCUGUCCAGUGAUUUAUAUUACAUAAUAUUGAUGACAAUGCUUGGCUUUACCAAUGGAUAUUGUGUUGCAGUAGCAAUGGUAGUUGGAAUAAAGUCAGUGAAUCCAUUACUUCAAGAGCUGACAGGAGUUAUUCUUUCUACUUUUCUGGGUGCUGGUUUAAUGAUAGGAGCUCUUACAUCCUAUAUUUGUAUACAGAUGAUUUAAAAAUAAGUUUCGAUAAAAUGCUUAAUCAGUAGGAAUAUGUACUGUUCCUUUUCUGCCACUGUUAAUUCCAGCCAGUUUUUUAUUGCAAUUUUUUAUGCACAACACAAGGCCACAAAAAUGAGGCAGUUAUGGAGUAUUUGCAGCAAGAUUUUGAAUACUGAUACACAAUCACUGUUUUGUAAUAUAAGGUUAUCAAUUUUUGUAUUAUAUUUUACAACUCUUUAUCUUAUAUAUUAUACACUGCAUAACAGCCACCGGAUUUUUUGUAAUCUUUAAAGAAUAUUGUGAUAAUGCUUUUCUAUAUAAUGCAUUUAGCAUUAUAACUUGUGAAAAAAAAUUAUUAGAUGCUAUGAGAAUUAUCCUUGUGUUGAUCGUUAUGGUGAAUGCUAUAUGAAUUUUUCCAAAGAUUUAUUUAUCAGCAUUUAUUAUGUAUUCAAAUAACUUUUCAUGUAUUUCUUUAGCAAGUUUUGCCUGUUGUACAAAUAUUUGUGUUCUGGUCUUACAGUUUCUCAUUGUAUUUUAAUCUGUUUAAUGAUAAAUCAGAUUUUGGAUUUUAUGUAUCUUUUAGCAGUACAAAUAUUUAUUUCAAUAAAAGAUGCUUUAAAUAAAAUUUUUUUA